CCCGAGCCCUAUCGGAGCCCUGCGAGCUUUUGUCGUAUGCAGGGGGACGAGGGGCGGAGCGUCCCCUCAACUCCGCCGAAAGGCCGUGGUGUUGAUUUCGGGGACGGGGAUUCUUUCUGCUCGUGUGGGAAGUGAGGAUCGUGUGAGGAACGCCUGUUUUCAAGGCGAUCAAAAGCAAGCCGAGCCGAGCGCUGCCGAGCGGAGCCGAACCCUGCCGAGCGCCGCCGAGCUCAGCCGAGCCUUCCCGAGCCACGCCGAGCCGAGCGCGGCCGAACGAGGUCGGGCCCCGGGUUCGCGCGGGCGCUCCGCGGGGCGGCAAUCCGACCCUCGCACGUCCCGCCGUCCGCCAUGCCCCGCGGCCGCCCGGCGCUGCUGGCCCUGGGCGCCGUGCUGGUCUGUGUCCCGCUCCUGCUGCUGCCCGCUGCCCGCCGCCACGGCCCGGCCCGACUCCCGGCCAACGCCACGGUGCGGGCGGGAGUGAUGCCGGGUGACCCCGCCGUCGCCUAUAGGGAGGCCGCCGCGCCGCGAUUCCCGGCAUCCAGCAGGCCCGACGUGCUGCUGCUGCACGGCCAGGCUUUCACUUCCGGCACAUGGCAGGCCCUGGGCACGCUGGCGCUGCUCGCCGCCGAAGGACACCGCGCCGUCGCCAUCGAUCUGCCCGGCUAUGGGGAUUCACCUGUCGCAGGCUCGGUGGCCACGCAGUGGGGUCGGGCAGCCUUCCUGCAGCGUGUCGUGCGGCAGCUGGGCCUGCAGAGACCGGUCCUCGUCAGCCCAUCCAUGAGCGGCCGCUUUGCCCUGCCCUUCCUCCUGGCACAUGGCGAGCAGCUGGCCGGCUUUGUGCCCAUCGCACCUGUGGGCACACGGGAAUACAGCGCCGUGCAGUACCAGCAGGUCCAGACGCCCACCCUGAUCCUGUAUGGUGAGCGUGACACUGGCCUGGGCCAGCAGGCCCUGCAGAGCCUCCAGCAUCUCCCCAAGCACCGCGUGGUUGUGCUGCCUGGUGCUGGCCAUGCCUGCUACAUGGACAAGCCGGAGGACUUCCACCAGGCCCUGCUGGGCUUCCUGGGCCAGCUGAAAUGAUCUGGGUGCUGCUGCACUGGGCAGAGGGCAGUGGGGCCUUGGCUUUGUCUCUGUGCCUCGCUGGGAGGUGGGGAGGUGGUGUGGGGCUGGGGGUGAAUCGCCAGCAGUGCCCUCCUGCAGUAUCGCCUCUCCCUCUUGUGGUUGGGAGCAGAGGUUCCAUGCUCAUCGAACUGUGGAAUCAUGGAAUAUCCCAAGUUGGAAGAGGUGCUGGCUCCACACAGAACCACACAAAAACACUGAGAGUGAUGUCCAAACGCUGUCUGAGCAGCAGCUUGGGGCUGUGCCUACUGCCCUGGGGGAGAGGGGGCUGUUCUGUGCCCACCCACGGCCCCCUGGUACCUUCUCUGAAUUUCAGAAUGAUGUUCUGGCAGGGCAACCCCGGUGCCAGGGCUCUGGGCACGGUGCCGCGAUGCUGGCGGGGGAGGGGGGCCGCGAGCUGGAAGGAAGGAUCUGCGAGCCGCCUGUCCCGAGGCCAAUAAACACGUCGCG